AUGAAUAAUAGUUCGAAAUUAAGUAAAUGGCCAAGAAAAACAUUAGUUGUUGUGCCAAUAAUGUGGAAAGAAAUCAAUUGGAAUGAUCGCUUAAAUUGGCCAUCAUGGCUUCGUGAGGGACUUGGUUUAUCUAAUGUAAAUCCACGAUCAUAUUAUAUUCAUCUUUAUCAACGUAUUGAUCCAAACUCAACAUAUCCUUAUGAUUGGCCAUAUUGUAAGAAUGUUCAUGAAGAAACUGGUGUUUUUCUACAAUUUGUUCAUGAUUAUUAUCAUGAUUUACCUGAUAAAAUGUUAUUUAUGCAUGGAAGACCUCUUGUUCAUACUAGUCAUAAUCCUAUUCAAUCGGCUCAAUGUAUUCGUGAUGAUGUUCAUUUUGCUAGUGUAAACGAUGAUAGAGAAUGGAUUUAUAAUCGACCAUGGACAUAUUGGCCUCGAGAUCCUGAUGAUAAUAUUGCACUAAUGUAUAAAUGUGCUAAGCGUAUAUUGACUUUACUCGGUUAUAAUGCUGAAUUACAAUUAAAUCCAACAAAUAAGAAUCCAAAAGAUGAGAAUGUUAUUUCAGGUUUUUGCUGUGCUCAAUUUUAUGUAACGAAAGAACGUAUUCAACGUUAUACAUAUGAACAAUGGUUAUCGUUGUUUCACGCUAAUUUUGAACCAUAUUGUGCAACACCACGCGAAAAUGAACAACUUGGAAAUGGUAUUCAAUGGUUUGGAGGAACUUUUGAACAUAUCUGGCAUGUAAUUCUUGGGCUUUAUCCAGUAGAUGCACCAGCACCAAAACAUAAUACUACUACUCAUCGAUGUCAAUGGUUUCGUCCGUCUUGUAAAGGAUCACCUUGUAGCUCGUAA